GAGUAAAUACCAAGUAUUAUUCUACACCCUCAAUCCAUUUAUUCUACAAGAAAAUAUGUCCUCCAACACGGGAGCCACAGGUGCAGCGAAAUUCGUCACCUCCACGGCCGGAAACACCAUCGGCGGCCUCUCACGCACAGUCGGCGAUGUCGUCGGCGCUGCCUCGCGGGGUCUAGGCAAUACCAUCACCAGCGCGACGGGCAGUGCUGGGCGGCCGGUUGGGAAUGCCUUGAGUGACGCAGGGACGGGGGUGGAGGAUGGGGUGAAUCGCGUGGCAAAGGGAAUCGAGGAUGCAGGGAAUUGGAAGUAAUCGAAUGCGAGGAUGCAGGGAAUUAUCGAAUGCUUUGGAUAU